GGCGUCUGUCCCCUCUGCUCUGAGGAAGCAGAUGGCAAUGUCUCAGGCGCAGGAUUAUGAAUGCAGGAGUCAUAAUGCUGACGUGCAGGAGGCGAGGAUUUCAGGAUCAAGCACUAGGCUGGAAUGGGUGGAGAUCAUUGAGCCACGCACGCGCGAGCGCAUGUACGCCAACCUGGUCACCGGUGAGUGCGUUUGGGACGCCCCGGCCGGUGUCCGCAUCAAGCGCACAAGCGAGAACCAGUGGUGGGAGCUGUUCGACCCCAACACAUCACGCUUCUACUACUAUAACGCCAGCACGCAGCGCACAGUGUGGCACCGGCCGCAGGGCUGCGAUAUCAUCCCGCUGGCCAAGCUGCAGACACUGAAGCAGAACACCGAGUCCCCACGCGCCUCAGCCGAGAACAGCCCCGGGCGUGGGAGCAGCGUCAGCCGCGAAGGCAGCACCAGCUCCUCGCUGGACCCGGAGCUGGACGGAGACAAGGCGCAGGAGCUGCCCGGGAGGCCGGGACGGCCGGCGGCCUUCGCGGCUGCACGAGAGGAGAGCGGCAGUUCUUCACCACCAGCAGUGUUACUUGACAAGGACUAUGAGGUUUACCGGGAUUGCAGCGCAGAUGGCCAACUCCUGCACUACAGGACCUCCUCACUCCGGUGGAACUCAGGCACCAAGGAGCGUGUUCUCAUCAAGGUGGCCGACCGUGAGCCCAGCUUCCUUGCCACCCAGGGCAAUGGCUACACCCCAGACAGCCAGUCUGGGGGCCGCUCCCGCAGGCCCUCGGGCAGCCAGCACUCACCUGGCCUACAGACCUUCUCCCCUGAGGCAGAUGGCAAUAUCUUCUUCCCAGACAGGAGGCCAUCCCCAUUCCUAAAGAGAGCUGAGCUCCCUGGGACCUGCUCCCCGCUAUUGGCCCAGCCCCGAAAACCUUCUAGUGAUUCGCAGCCCUCUUCCCCACGCUAUGGCUAUGAGCCCCCUCUCUAUGAGGAGCCCCCAGUGGAGUACCAGGCCCCCAUCUAUGAUGAGCCCCCUAUGGACGUGCAGUAUGAGGCCAGUGGCAGCUUCCAGGCUGCCUCACCGCAGAGGUCCCCGGGCCGCAAGCCCCGGGCCUUCUUGGCACCCUCCAAGCAAGCACCACCCUCGCCCUGCCAGCAGCUGGUACUCACCAGGCAGAAGUGCCCAGAGCGCUUCAUGAGCCUGGAGUACAGCCCUGCGGGCAAGGAGUAUGUGCGGCAGCUGGUGUACGUGGAGCAGGCCAGCUCUAGCCCCAGGCUACGUGCAGGACCCCGGCACAAGUAUACACCCAACCCUGGCGGUGGCUCCUAUUCCCUACAGCCCAGCCCCUGCCUGCUGAGGGACCAGCGCCUGGGGAUUAAGUCUGGAGACUACAGCACCAUGGAGGGGCCCGAGCUCCGGUCUGGCCCAGUCCACGCACCUCUAAUGCAGGCCCAGGAGGACACCAUGUCUUGGUCCAGCCAGCAGGACACCUUGUCCUCCACGGGACACUCCCCAGGCACACGCAAGAGAAAGAGCAGGAAGCCUUCUCUGUGCCAGGCCCCUGAUGGCCCAGGGGACCUGCUCCGGGAGCAGCCCCUGGCAGAAGAACGGCCCCCCUGUGGGCCCAGCCUUACCCCCGUGAAGCAUGUGGAGGGUGAGGUGGAUGGGGUACAGGGCGUGGCCGAGCCCUUCCUGGCUCAGGCGCGGUUGGCCUGGGAGGCACAGCAGGCCCACUUCCACAUGAGGCAGAGGAGCAGCUGGGACUCCCAGCAGGAUGGCUCUGGCUAUGAGAGCGAUGGCGCCUUGCCCCUGCCCAUGCCUGGGCCUGUGGUGCGCGCCUUCAGUGAGGACGAAGCACUGGCGCAGCAGGACAGCAGGCACUGGAAGAGGGGUACCUUCGAGAAGCUUGGCUUCCCCCAGAUCUUGCUCGAGAAGAGCAUUUCUGUGCAGACCAAUCUGGCCUCACCGGAGCCUUACCUGCACCCCUCACAGUCUGAGGACCUCGGUGCCUGUGCCCAGUUUGAGGGCAGUCGGCAGAGCCGCAGUGUGAUGCCCAGCUCCAGCUGCGUCUUCCCUUCCUUCACUCUGCGUAAGCCCUCUUCAGAGACUGACAUCGAGAACUGGGCCUCCAAGCACUUCAACAAGCACACCCAGGGCCUCUUCCGGCGGAAGGUGUCCAUCGCCAACAUGCUGGCCUGGAGCAGUGAAUCCAUCAAGAAGCCCAUGAUCGUGACCAGCGACCGGCACGUGAAGAAGGAAGCCUGCGAGCUCUUCAAGCUGAUCCAGAUGUACAUGGGUGACCGGCGGGCCAAGGCAGAUCCACUGCAUGUGGCCCUGGAGGUGGCCACCAAGGGCUGGAGCGUGCAAGGGCUGCGUGAUGAGCUGUACAUCCAGCUGUGCCGGCAGACCACUGAGAACUUCCGCCUGGAGAGCCUAGCCCGGGGCUGGGAGCUCAUGGCAAUUUGCCUGGCCUUCUUCCCGCCCACACCCAAGUUCCACUCUUACCUAGAGGGCUAUAUCUACCGACACAUGGACCCUGUCAACGAUACUAAAGUGACACAGCACAUAAAAGAGCUCCUGGAAAGGAACAGUAAGAAGAAGUCCAAACUGAGAAAGAAACCCAAGCCCUAUGUUGAAGAGCCGGAUGGGGUGGCCAUAAGCACGUAUGCCAAGUACUGUUAUCACAAGCUGCAGAAGGCGGCCCUGACGGGGGCCAAGAAGGGGUUGAAGAAGCCCAAUGUGGAGGAGAUCCGCCAUGCCAAGAACGCCGUGUUUAGCCCGUCCAUGUUCGGCAGUGGGCUGCAAGAGGUCAUGAGCAUGCAGAAGGAGCGCUACCCCGACCGACAGCUGCCCUGGGUGCAGACACGGCUCUCUGAGGAGGUGCUGGCGCUCAAUGGUGACCAGACGGAGGGCAUCUUCAGGGUCCCUGGGGACAUUGAUGAAGUGAAUGCUCUGAAGCUGCAGGUGGACCAGUGGAAGGUACCGACAGGCCUGGAGGACCCCCAUGUCCCUGCGUCACUGCUGAAGCUCUGGUAUCGGGAGCUGGAGGAGCCCCUGAUCCCACAUGAGUUCUACGAGCAGUGCAUCACGCACUGCGACAGCCCCGAGGCCGCCGUGGCUGUGGUGCACGCUCUGCCUCGCAUCAACCGCAUGGUGCUCUGCUACCUCAUCCGCUUCCUCCAGGUGUUCAUGCAGCCUGCCAACGUGGCCAUCACUAAGAUGGACGUCAGCAACCUGGCCAUGGUAAUGGCACCCAACUGCCUGCGCUGCCAAUCCGAUGACCCACGAGUCAUCUUCGAGAACACCCGCAAGGAGAUGUCCUUCCUGCGCAUGCUCAUUCAGCAUCUGGAUACCAGCUUCAUGGAGGGCGUGCUGUAGCACAAGGGCACCAGGGACCGACAGGCUGG